AUGACCCUAGACUCCAUUAAGUUGGUGAUAUGUGGAAGUGGAAAUGGUGCUCAUGCCUUUGCCGGCAUAGCCUCUUCUUUGAAAGGAACCGACGUAAGGGUAUUAACGUUGUCUCGAGAGCGAGCAGCGCGUUGGAAUGCUGCGUUGCAGAAAAGGAAUCUCGAAAUUAUCCUACACAGGAAAGGAAAGGAGCAAACUCGUAUUGUGUCCAAACCCGUAUUAGUGACGAACAACCCAAGCAAAGCCAUGGAAAAUGUUGAUUUAUUGGUCCUUGUGCAGCGGGCUGCGGACCAUCGUGGUUAUCUGGAGGUUUUAAAACCUUAUAUCACACCAGGGAUCAUUGUAGUUGGAUUACCAGGAUGCCCGGGUUUUGAGUUUGAAGCACGGCACGUCCUAAGUGACCUAGUGGGACUGUGCACGAUCAUGAACUUUGAGUCUUUACCAUGGGCGUGUCGUACGACUGAAUUUGGUUCAAAAUGUACAGUUCUUGGCACCAAAGAAACCUUACACGGCUGUCUUAAGGUAGAAAUUAAAAUGCUAAGUUGUUCAACUACGCAAUAAACACAAUGUAGGGUCUGUGGGCACUUUUAGGACUGAAUUUAACACAUAUAUUCCAGAAAUUCUUCCAUAGAUAACAUGUUUUGAUUCCUGGAUGUAGGACCACUAAGAAGAUGAUAGGUCAAUGACUUAAGUAGCAUCUUGAAAAGGAAAUAUUCUUUACAAAAAAAGGUAUUCAGUAAAGUUUAAGUGUUUACUAAAACGAUCUAAAACGUGCCGUGUGCUUUCUCAUUCAGAAAGCGACGUUUAAUAUUUUUGAUUGAGUAAUAACGUGAUGGUCGUAGAACGGCAAUCAAAGUAGUUUUUUUUUGUUAUCAAGAGGCAACAUUUUAUGAAAGUUGCAGCUCAUCUUUUAUUUUUCUUUGUAAAGAUGGCAGAUGUGCCAGUGAACAAGGAUCCAGUUGCGACACUUCAGUAUCUCCUAGGACCCCUUCCUCAGCUGAAAGUGUCAGGUCAUCUACUGAGUGUUCAGCUAAUGAGUACAAAUGCCUACCUUCACACAUCAAUAAUGUAUGGACAGUGGGAGGGGUGGGAUGGAAAAGCCUUUGAUCAGCCACCUUUGUUCUACAAUGGACUUACCGAGGCAGUUGCCAACCUUCUUUCUGGUAUGUCUGAUGAGGUUGUGAAAACUGCGAAGGUCAUCACAGAGAAUUCAGGAGCCGACAUGUCAGAGGUACGUUCAGCUUGUUUUAUUGUUAUUAUUUCUUUUAAUCUUUAUCCUAACUCGCUCUGGUUUCUUGAAAGUCUUUCAUCGAUUUUCAGAGAUUUGAUUAAUGAUAGUGUUAGUCAUUAGAGGACAUGUGUUGCUAAAAGAAACAGUAAUUAUCGAUCUGUAAUUUUAGUUGGUAUGAGAUAUUAGGUCCUAAUUCGAUUGCCGACCCGAUCAUCACUCAAGGAUAAAAAAAUAGCUCGCCUUCCUACAGUUUUGGGAUUUGGUUUUCUUUAACCAUAAUGUCUUUUUGUUUGGAGGUCAGCGAUCAGCAGGAAAGAUGUCGGUGAUUUGUUAGUUCCGUUAAUUCAGUGAAUUCAGCUUCUUAAACUGCGUUUUUCUUUAAUUUCUUCUUCUUCUACUUCUUAUUACGUGUUGCAUGUUGCCUUAUUUCAUUUACGUAACAUUAUAGGAGGUCUAACGGCAGUAGAAUUUACGAAUUUAUUGUUUUGUAUUCCAUAUAUCAAUUAAUAGCGUUUUUCCUCUUCUCUUUCUUUCUUUUUAUAUGUGUAUUUGUGCAUUAGUAUCUUUGCUGACCUGUAAUGUAUUCUAUUUAAUGCUGGUGUCAACUGGCUACCUGGCUCUACUAGCCCUUCUGGUUAGUUCAGGAGGCCAGUACUCUAAUUUUACUUUCAAUAUAUUUUUUUUCCUUCUAGUAUGUGCCAGUUGCAUGAUACUUUUUUCCUCCCUCAAACUCUUUGCGUUAUUUUUUUUUUGUAUGUGUUUUGUGUGUAGAUGGUGUUGAAAACGUUCCAUUAUCACACUCUAAAGAAUAUUUGAAAUUAUAAUCUUUGGACUAGUAAUUUUUAUUUUUUUACUGACCUUGAUAACAAAUAACAUUUAUAAAAGCAGUUAGAUGGGGACCCCUUCGCAUUGGUUAAAGGAGUCAGGCCUAUCGGAACCGUCUGGUAGUAAAUUUACGAGUGAAAACGACAAAAUAUGUAAUAUAGCGUGAGGCUUCCACUAAGAGGGACGGCACUUAAAUUUUGAAAAGAUUAUACUGAUUCAACUGAAACCAAAUAGGUUUAGAAGAGACCCGGCAAGUCUUCGUCUAUUGUAAGAGUGUUGCGCAAAAGUACGUACAGCUAUUUUCAAAUGAAAAGAAACGACCAUACCACUUAUUAGAUCUUAUUAGUAUGCAGGAAGGCACUGACAAAGCACUACUGAGCUUACGAAUGUUAAUGAAGGGAAGGCAAGGGAAAGUCAAAACGGGGCUUAUCUUUGAUGGUGACCAAAACACUGACCCCUAGUCCAUGGACUACCCCAUGGACUACACAUAUGGAACUACCUUAAAAUGAACUAUGCCGCUGAGGUUUAGUGAUUAGGUUCAUCAGGGUUAUUAUGCUGGGAAACUGACCUGCACUUGAUUCACUCAGUUUGUCAACCCUAAUCACUAAACAUUGCUGAAGAUAGACUACUCGUCGCCUUGCUCUGUCAGACUCUGUCCUAAGGAUCAGAAGGUUUUUAGAAGGAUCAGAAGAGGGAGAAAAAAAACGGCUCUUUUUCCAUGUAAAUCCUCUCCAGUGUGCGCAUUAUACAUUACAUACAUUUUGCAAAUGAAUGUUGGCAAAUGCCAUUUAUACAUUUGCUUUAUGAAGCUUUUAAAUAAAUGUUAUUAAGGUUACGAAAAACAAAAAGCACGUGGUAAUUGCAAUUGAAAUCCCCAUCGUCAAGUAAUUUGUCCUAAAUAGUUAUCGGCAAUCUUGUGGCUAAACAUGUAUUUCCUUUAUGUUGUUAUUUUCUUUCUUUAUGUUCUUUAUUUUCUUGCAUAACUGUUAAUACGCUAUAAUCACAGUUAGUAGUGACUUUAAUGACUCCUAACAAACCGAUAAUAACCAACAUCUUCGUGUUUGACUUUACGUAGCAACACUAUGCAGGACAACUAUUUUAUGACUGAUCUCUUCUUAGUGAUACAAUCGAAUGCCUUGAAGCCUUAGCCGGCCAGGGAGUUUAGCUUGUUUGGGCGACCAUUGGAGUUUCCGUCCAUUUAAGGGCCUGACUGGUCUGAAGUUGUUACACAUCGGAGUACCGUUAGGUGUGGUCAAUAAUCGCAUCAUCUCCAGCUGAAAAUAGCAAAAAAAGAAAAGAAAAGAAAAGCUUGAAACGACAAUAAGCAUCUUUCAUAACAGUCAUGACGGUUAUUUUGAGAAACCAUAAAUGUCACUGAAGAGUUACUUACGUGUUAUACGUUAGAAACAGUUCAGUUUUUACAGUUUGCGUCGAUGUUAUAUUACUAUACAUUCUCCGGUGAUUGUUGUAUUAUUUUGCGGCAAGUUUAAACAAGCAAGAACGUCAUUAGAUGAAGCAUUUGCAGCCAUGAAUGUAGUAUGUAAUCCAUCUGUGCCUUUAUGCCAAAAUGCAAUUUGAAAGCCGCUCUGGUCAAAAAAGGGUCCUUUUCCCCAGAACUCUUCUUCUGCAUCAGCCCCUGACUAGAUCCACUUCAUUGAAAAUAAUAUCGUAUUAUUUUAAAAUAGAUAGUAAGCAUUACCUGAGACUCGGUAACCGAAAUCGGAUUUUUCAUCACUAUCCAUUGCACUGAUUCAUAACAGGGUGGGGUGGUAAGGGAGCCUUUGUACGCAUAGUAAGGAGCGUUCUUGGAAGCCAACUCUGGAACAAGUUUCGACAAAGCGAUGCUGUCUCCAAGGUUAUAGUUGAUCUCUUUAAGGAAAAAGAAAGAAACAAAAACGGAGUAUAUUAUCCGAUAAACUGCUAUUUCAGGCGCGAUUAAGUCAGACACAAUAUGACAAUUAUAUACAAGAACAAUAAAGGAUGUUUACCAUUUGCAGUCUUAACAUUCCUUAACGAAACGGCGAUGUGUUCCAUCCAUUUACUGAAUCCUCCAUUGACCUGAAUUAGAGCAAGAUAACCAAGUCCGAGCGAGUAGAAGUGUUGCUUACGUUAAGUGAACAGGCAUAAUCAAACAUAAAAACUCUAACAGUUAAUGAUUAUCAUUAAUUUAUUUUCCAAUAAUAAUUUUGAGUUUCUGAUUUCGACUUCUCGGCUACAUUAACUGCCUUGUCGACACAAUAAAGGUGGUAGUUUUUUUCUUAUGUGUUGUGCAAAAAUUUUAAGUAAUGUCACAAGCUGAUCGAACCCUAAUAUUAUUUAGAUAACCAAGGAUAAUAGACAAAAUUCCAUAAGUCUGCUUGCGCAGAUACAAAUUGGGGAUCAAUUUAGGUUUCUGGGAAACUGCCCACCUACCCCUCCCCUAAGCCAACAUUUUGCGCUAAGUGAGAAGUAAGUGCUAAUGUUGACUUAAGGGAGGGGUGGGUGGUCAGUUUCCCAGAAACCUAAAUUGAUCCCAAAUUGGUCCUAUUCAAGAGUAAGGGAGGAAGGGUGCUACUGGUGUUUGAAUGGAGUUAGACAACAGAGGGCUGAUAUUACAAUAUUCAGUUUUUAUCAUUUAAUACCUGUGAAACGUAUUUUAAUCUUUAUUAGUACCCAUAUACCUGCAAAAAUACCCCAACGACGGCCAAGCCAUCAGGUUUGGAGGAGGCCACCUGGAAACUCUUGUAACCUGAAUUGUAAAACACCAGGUGCAUCUAUAAUAAAUCAAUUCAGAUUUAGUCACUGACCCUUUGCAUUCAUUGCUUUUGUUGUCCCAGGGGUACGUUUCGAGGGCAUCAAAUGAAGUAGUAAGAGAAGUUAUUAACAAUACUGUAGGGAUUGAUAAGAAACAGAGAUAUGAAAUAUAGAUUAAUAUUCCAACCUCUGAUGCAAACGUCUUGCCAUCAAGCGUAUGUUCAGAGCCAGUAGAACUGUUACAGCCAAAGUGAAAGUGAAACUGUUGCAAUAUAAACAUGUUCUGUCCCAGGGGACCUCCAGUGACAGUUGCUCCGCCUUGGUUCUUAUCAACAACCACUUUGGGGGCGUGUCCAUUAUUAAUCAAAAAUCCGGUGACAGUGCCAUCCAUGUUAUCAAAGUUGACCACUAAGUCAUUAUGGGUUGUGUUGACUUCAGUCAAACUUGAAACGAUAUUGAUGGGGGACUGCAACUGUCCUGAACAUGGUGGCGCUACUUUUCCCCAAUCUCCUGGCCCAUAAUCUACAAUAAAACAUAAAUAAUUGCCCAUAAAACUCAACGAACAACCGAUUCCUGAGGAUGCAGUAAUGUGGAAAACUGGUUUAUAUCAAAGUAUAUAUCUUGCAUGUUUUCCAUGAAAUAGAUGUCUUUAUUAACUAUUUCGAAAUACUCUGCAGUUAGAGUAGGCAGGGCUCAACAACGUGAGGCCACUGUCGUCUAACGACAUGCUCGGAGCCAUUUAUUUUAAGAGCCAGAACUUCAAGUAGAACUCAAAAGAACUGUAAAAUCUGCAAGGACAGCUUAGACAAAUAGAAGCGAAGAGAUCGUAGAUCUUGGUGUAAACUCAGUAUCGGGAAUAUAGAAUAUAACUUAAAAUGAAAAAAAUGAAUGCAAAGGGUAUUAGAAACUUAGUUUGCUUAUUGUCACAAAUAUUGUCAUAAAAGGUGGACAAGUGAUUGAAAUGAGGUUGGGUAAUUUGCUCGUAAAUAGGAAAAUCUUUAAUCAUGAGAGAGCUGCUACAUAAAUAAUACCUUAGUCUUAAUACCUCCUACAGGUUUGUUGCCUUUUAAUUCUUGUAAACCGCUAAUUCAAAAAUGCAUCCCGCUAUUAAUAGUUUUUGAAAAUCCGAGUUCAAAAAAUGUUUUACCUGACUCUUUAUAUCCCCAAUGCGGAAAUCCAUCUGAAAAAAAAGUAUAUCAGUAAUACGUUUACCUAGUGAGUACAGCAUUUAUCUCCUGCUACAAAAAAUCACAAACUUUUUGACAAAGGAAUUUAGUGGUACUAACUAGUCCAAUAUUUGAUAUUGAGACGUUCCUUCAGUUGUAAGCGAAACACCGCUGUCUUCCAAUCAGUAAAUAUUCUUAUUCCCGUGACUAAAUAAUUCAAAGGGUAUUAUACUCAGUAAAGUAUGAUUGGAUUCGGCAUCCAUAAACCAUGAAGAUCUUAGACUCAUUCAAAAUAUUCACCCCAAAAAUAAACAAAUAAAAUAAAAUAAAACAAAUGGUUUUCCCAAUGUGAUUAAUAUUUGAAGCCAGUGCGAGUUAAGGCCUAAAAUCAAACAAAGCAAAUUUAAAGAGAGAUAUUCCAUAUGGCUACAGUCCUGAAAUUAUCGUUUUAAAAGACCAUGCUGUCCAUCUAACAGUUUGCUGUAGGUAGGUAUGAUUUACCGUUGUGAUUUAGGUUGGGAGAUCAUGUAACACGUAUGCGUGGGUUCUCCCGUCUCCGUUUAUUCUAUUGUCCCAUUCCUUUUCAUUUUAAAAAUGAUUCAAACAACUACAGAUACAUUUAUAUGUCAUGUAGAGGAAAUACUGAACUCAUUUAAAUGCCGUUAGGGAUGGAGAACUUACCUUUGCUGGCAAUGGCAAUGCUGAAAGCCGCGAGAAAAACGAACCCUGCUCUAGAGUCCAUGUUGUCUUCACAACACGAAAUCUGUACCGUAAUUAAAAGAAAGAAUUUAUCAGAUAAGAUUAAAGAGCUGGAGGUAAAUAGUUUUUCUAACCAAUCAGUGAGUAGGCUCAAUAGAAAAACAAAUUGAAUUGAUAUUUUAUCAAGUCUUUACUUAACUAUGGCAUUUUUUUUCUCACAUUCUUUAAAAGUUAAUUUGUUUCUUACAUAAAGAAGUUAUUUUAUCUACGUCUGUAAGCUUCUGUAGUAUUUGAAUUUGACAACAACUCUUCAAUAUGUACGUUUCCAUUUAAAUGCAGUUUAAAAUGGAGAACCUACCUUUAAUGGAAUAGAAAAGCCUUGAAAGCAGCGAGAAAGCGCGAAUUCUUUUCUGGAGUCCAUCUUAAUCGUGUUUACAAUACGCAACCUGCCCUUUAAUUAAUUAAGAGAAAGAUUUAACAGAUAAGGUUAACGAGCUUUGAUAUUUCAUCAAGCCUUUAUUUCACGACGGCUUUUUUUUUGUCACAUUCUUUUAAAGUAAAAUUGUUUCUUACAUAAAUCAGUUAUUGUAUGGAAGACUGUAUGGUAUAAAUUAGACAAGCUUGCUCUUCAAUAUGAAUCCGAUUCCUGACAUAGUUUAUGGUUGUGAGGAAAUUUAUAAGUCUUCCCAAAAAGCUUUUGUUCUAUGCAGGGGCAUAGCAAGGACUUUUCCUCAGGUAAGCACAAGUUUCCGCACCCCAACCCUAAUCUUUUUUAAAUACCUUGUACGGUGUAAGCCCAAGCGUAUUUACUAUUUAUGAAAUGAAAUAAGUUGUAUUUUGACACUCUUUUGUAUUUUGUGACAGUCUAGCUAAUGACGUGAUUUAUUUUAUUUUAUUUUAUUUUUUUAUAAAAGUGCCAUUAUCCAAUAGCUUAGCAAGUGUCGAUGAGUGUCCAAUAUAAAUCCGGUUAAGGACGAGUUUCCUGUCUCAAAUUUAUCCGUCCAUUUUUCCGUCUUAACCGACGGGAAAAUAAUACGGGGACGGGAAAUUCGUCUUACCGUCAGAAAACAGUCUUAAAUUCACAUUAGACGCAAAAAUCAAGACGACUGUUUUGCACUUGACCUAAGGAAAAGACUGGAACUAGGAAGCCAGCAGCUGUUUCUGAGUAAAAAAAAUGUAGCCCAACACUCAGAAGGUCACAGGAAGAAGAUGAAGAGAAACAACCAAGUUUACUAAGACGGAAGGAGAAGCAAGUGCAUACGCUCACAGGCGAAUUUAAUAGGGGUCGGUCAAGUGGACCGCGGUCACCCCUUUUUGUGUUAAAUUUUCUAUUAUUUCAAAGAAUUUUCAGUAAAAUGAAUACAUAUCUAUAUAGCUUUGUUCAAGUGACCCGGCCGUCCCUUUCUGGAUUCACCCCUGUAACGUUGAUGUUUGAUCUUCGAAGCACUGACAUCUUGAAUAGAACGCUCUUGGCUGUAUCAGCUGGAAAACUAGCCGCUGAAAAAGCAAGCGAAUAAAGAACGGUUUCGACAGAUUGGGGAAGAAUUGGAAGAUGUUUUGGGAGAUGACUGCAUUUUACAAUUUACAUCGGUCGCGACUUGAAGACUUGAAUUCAUAUCGGAUGGUAUUCUCUCUGACGGAAUUCCGUCUGUGACGAGUUUGCCGUCUUCUAAUAUGAAUUGGGCCAAUAACGUAGGACGCAAAUAUAUCUUUCAAUUAACAAUUAACUAAUUUUGAAGCAUGAACGUAAAAAGUAAAGAUAAAAAACAGUCCAUACACUCUUAAUCACCAUACAAACUUUUAGAGUUAUUAAAUGAUAUCGUUGACAAUAUAAAACCCUUCUUAAUAUCCAGAAAAAUAAGACAAUGUUUGGAGUUUGUGGAUCCUGAAUUCUAAGACUGAUUUUAUUUAGAGGAGUGUACUGUCGCAAUUUGUAAUAAUCAUCGCACUUUGUAACACCUGUCGCAAUUUGUAAUAAAUCCAUCGCACUUUGUAAUACCUGUCGCAAUUUGUAAUAAACCGUGUCGCACUUUGUAAUAAAAAAGCUGUCGCAAUUUGUAACAACUGUUCAUCGCACUUUGUAAUAAACUAAGCUGUCGCAAUUUGUAAUAAUUCCAUUGCACUUUGUAAUAACUUUUUGAGAGUAAUUAAACUUACUUCGUCAACGUUAAAAAUAUGCAUGGUACUUCAUAAACAAAGAUGAUGACGUCUGCUAGCACGCAACAUCUCCGCUCAUUCAAACAUUUAACUUUAUUCACAGUCCUAAACGUUUUUUUUAGAUUAAUGUUGAUUAGUUAUCUGACUUACGAAAUGAUGUAUUCUUAAACCUUGCUAUUGUGCUAGGUGGCUUGCAUUCAAUGGUUACCCGGCGGGUGUACUUCCUUAUAUGGCCAAUACGGGGAUGUCCCUCUGGACAGAGCAUUGCCAGAGUACAGGAUAUAGACAGAGCUAGACACGCUAGACACAAACGAACCAUUAUUAAAAAGCAUUUAAUUUCCGUAAAUCGUAACAUCCAUCCUACAUCAUUCGAAUAAGGACACCAGGAGAGUUCAAGCUUUCCUUGUUAGAUCUUAUAACAGGUCGACACAAAACGUGGUGCACCGUCCUUGUCUAACGCGCAGUCUUAAAGAAGUAAUAGUGGCUUCCAUAUUUUGGCCAACUUAAUCAAACGAGGCCUGGAAAGAUUCAAAAUGUUUACUGCAAAUAAUAAAAAAAAACGUCACCAGUGGCAAACCGUCGAACUACAACAGAAACCUAAAAACAAAAUCCAAUUAGUCGCUGGCCAAUACCUUCGUAUGUACCUGUUUUUAUAACACACACUUGGAGUCUUACACUGAGCCGGCUGGGCAUUUGGUCCAUUAUUCUCACUUGAUUUGGUCCCAUACAGGAACAAAAGGAGUACUCAUUCCAUCUUAAAACAAUUGUUUUCUAUAGGGAGUCCUCUAAAGCAAACAUAUGUACCAUGGGGAUAGUAAAAAAUUAUCCUUCCCUGUGUAUAUACGACUCGUAAGACCUUGCAAUUCUUCCGAGCGUGUUCUGGAUAACUGUUUUUCCACAAAAUGGAAAGGAUAGAAUAAACCAUCCAUUACUACUUGAGCUACCCUAUCUAAGGAUCAAACCAAAGACACAAGACCAACAACGUAAAAAAUGAUACCCUAUUAAAGGCUCGAGAUCCUCAAAAACUAUACCCUAUCAGGCGGUACUCACCUAUCUAGCCCAUCCAUAUAUCGGAUUAUCCCCUCCCCCUCCCCCGAAGACUUCACGUGUCACGUGGCAAGCAAACAUGGAUUUGGACGGCGAACGCCAGGUUAUUCAUGAAUUUUCUGUUGUUAAAUGUUGCUUUUGUUAUUUAAAUAUUUUUGAAUUUAAACAUGAUUCAUAUCUUUUUUAUGAAUAUCACAGGAAGUUUCAUGUCUUUCAUAAAGCGUUUCUAGUUGGUCACGUGAUUAAUCAAGGCAGAGAAAUUUAUAGCGGAAGACAUGCAUGUUUGACCAAAGAAAAUGUUACGGAGAUGUUACGUGCUAGCAGACGUCAUCAUCUUUGUUUAUGAAGUACCAUGCAUAUUUUGGCAUUAUAUUAAUGUUGACGAAGUAAGUUGAAUCACUCUCAAAACAUUAUUACAAAGUGCGAUGGAAUUAUUACAAAUUGCGACAGCUUAGUUUAUUACAAAGUGCGAUGGACUGUUAUUACAAAUUGCGACAGCUUUUUUAUUACAAAGUGCGACACGGUUUAUUACAAAUUGCGACAGGUAUUACAAACUGCGAUGGAUUUAUUACAAAUUGCGACAGGUAUUACAAAGUGCGAUGAUUAUUACAAAUUGCGACAGUACAAGGAGACAUGAAUUAUCAACUCUCAGCUGUGUGGUAUGGGCGAAAAAAGCUUAAUACCAUUUAUGAACGCUCGCUAUUAAUCUUGAUUCUAUGUCUAUGUCAGGUUGUCGAGUACUUCAAGCUAUCUUGUUUCGACAAAAUUUCUUCUCAUUUCUCUUGUGCCUUAGAUCCCCAUACCCCACCCCGCCUCAUCUUCUCUGUCAAUGACAAGUGCUGCUCAAAUAUCGUGAGCUGAUGAAGAUACGUUAUAUCUUCUGACAGGUUGUUAACAUUUAUUAUUGGUACAUGCGAUGCUAUCCAGAAGAUAUCUCAGAUAAGACCAAUCUCUACACCGCAAUACAGACCAAUGCCGCGUACCAAGGGCUCAAACAUCCUGUCAAGAAGUCGGACGACGGCAGAUAUCUACCAGAUUUCACGCAUCGUUACAUGACGGAGGAUAUCCCACAGGGUUUGGUUGUCAUUCGGGGUAUUGCCGAAAUUGUGGGGGUUGAGACGCCCAAUAUUGAUAAGGUGUUGCUGUGGUCUCAGGAGAAAAUGGGCAAAGAGUAUCUGGUGAACUCAAAGAUACAAGGCAAAGAUGUCGAGAAGUCCCGAGCGCCACAGAGAUACGGAUUCACAACCCUUGAAUCCAUCUUGUAGGGUUUGACGAACCUGUAAUUGUGUCAGUAGAUAUACAAAGUUUAUUAGUCAUAUUUUUUUAUAGUAAGGUGUGGAUUGCAUUUGACCAUUUUGACCUAAUGUAUACUUUUUACACCUAAUCGGUCGAGUAAUAGUCUGCUACACAGCCGUUUUUAGUGUCGUCGGGCAUCGCUACCUCUCACAAACGGCUGCUGAGAGGUUUCGUGCUGUUAGCCAAUUAGAAUUCAGCUUCCAUUUUCUGGAAGGUGUUCGCGCCACGUUUGCGGCACGGUGAUUCCUCCAAUCACAGCUUUGCUUUUAUCGGUGCCCAUAUAUGACUCAGAACAAUCAAAAUCGUCGCGUGAAAACAAGAAAUCAACUAGAGUGGGGGUGUCGUAGUCAAAAUUUAUGAGAUAAGCAGCUGCAGCAGCAAUCAAGUCGAGCAAAUGUGAUGCACAGCAUAGAUGUGCUCAUAAAGUUGCCAGGUAUAGCUUCGCGAAAUCGCUCAUGGAUAAUUUAUAAGAUUGGUUUUGUUUGCAUCAGUACCUUUGAGAGUUUAGUCUUCACAUGUACAGCAACACAAUGAAUGAGCACAUCCGGCACAUGAAAUUCGUCAUACAUAUGCACGUUACAAAGAACCAACCUAUCCUGGUAAGAGUCCUGUAGGCCUAUCAAACCGACACUAAAGACGGCUGUGUGGGAACGAACUUGGGGGUUGCGUGACGACACCACGGCUGUGUAGCAAACAAGUCAAUUAACUGAGGGGUGAAACAUGCACAUUUAAAUGAUCCAUGCCGUGUGUAAAGCUUGAGAAGGAAGCCGAUAUGUAGGUCUUGCAAGGGUGUAGCGUCAAAGUCUGACAGGGUCGAAACCCCUAGUAUUUUAUGUCGUAUCUGAGUUAGGGAUCAGACGG